UAACAAAACAACGACAAUUAAAAUUGGACGUAGUAACUAACAAAAAAAUUGUCAAAAACUUAAUUUGCGAUAUGAUGUGUGAUGGUGUAUUUAUUUUUGCUAUUGAUUUAAGUUGUUAAAGGGUUAUUUUCUACCCUAAAUUAGACUCUCUAACAUCUAACAUGCAGCUGAGUGUAUUUUCGACGUUUUGUAAAUAGGAGACAAAGGUGUUCUUUUUCAGGAACUAUGAGUCAACACUGGAUUGAAUUCAGUUAUGUAGUUAGUGAAAUAUAAAUAUAGCUAGGAAAAAGAUAGGCAAAAUGAUGACUUCGGAAGAAUCUGAUUCUUUGAGCACCGUGCCUUCUGAAGGGCAUCCUGAAGAGGCAUCAGGUCCUGAGGAGGCACCUUCAUCAAUGGUAUCCAGUGAAGCUGAGUCAGAAGGCAGCGCAUUGUCUGAGGCUCCUCGACAAGAUGCAAAUCAGGAUGGCUCGACCAGUGUGACAACGGACAGCUCACUGAUAGAACCUGGUAACAACCUCGCAGACAAACCCUCCUCAUCUGGGGACUGGAGGAGCAUUGGUGGUGUAUCAUCUCUUGUCUCAACCAGAGGACAAAUGCUGCCAUGGGGUUCCCACAAGGGCCCCAUAGUGCCCCCACCUGAUUCAGAUCUGAGGCCCGGAGAGUUUGUGAUGCGGCUACUCUUCACAGAGUUCACAGUGCAGGCAGAGAGGAAAAUGGAAGCAGUUAUGGCUGAACCUUUGGAAAAGCCAUUGAACAAAACACUGCAACGCGGCGAGGACCCCCAGUUGGACCAGAUAUUGAGCGCAUUCGGCACAGUGGCGGAGCAUUGUCUGCCGUCGCUGCUGCGGGCGCUGUUCGGCUGGCUCGAGCGGCAGAUGGCAGACUCCGUGCAGCUCAGCGAACAGGCCAAGAAACCCCACCAGGAUCUCAGAAAUAAAAGCAUAAUCUACAUAGUAUCAGGAAGUGCUGCGGGGGCGGAGGCCACGGAGCGAAGUUGUGAAGAGUUGCAGGCCGAGCGUCGCGACUUGGCUGUGGAGUUCCUCUUCUGCUUGGCCCUCAUCGAGGUCCUCAAGCAGCUGCCCUUCCAUCCGGGCCAUGAGGACCUGGUGCAUUACAUCGAGAAUGUGGCCUUCAAGAGAUUCAACUAUAAAGAAGGACUGCAGUCUAACCCGAAUGCAGCAAACGUGCACAUAAUAGCAGACUUGUAUGCUGAAGUCAUCGGAGUCCUGGCACAGUCCCGGUUUGCAUCUGUCCGGAAGCGCUUCACGGCCGAACUAAAGGAGCUGAAGAGCCGUGAGCCGUCGCCGCACACCACGCAAAGCAUCAUAUCCCUGCUCAUGGGCAUGAAGUUCUUCCGCGUCAAGAUGGUUCCCAUCGAGGAGUUCGAGGCCUCCUUCCAGUUCCUCCAGGAAUGCGCCCAGUACUUCCUGGAAGCGAAAGACAAGGACAUCAGGCACGCCCUUGCUGGACUCUUCGUGGAGAUUUUGGUGCCUGUUGCUGCGACGGUGAAGAACGAAGUGAACGUGCCGUGCCUUAAGAACUUCGUGGAAAUGCUGUACAGCCACACCCUGGACGCUAGCACCAAGUCCAAACAUCGCUUGGCACUGUUCCCGUUGGUCACGUGUCUGCUCUGCGUGUCUCAGAAGCAAUUCUUCCUCGCGAACUGGCACUGCUUCCUCGCGAUGUGUCUGUCGCAUUUGAAGAAUCGCGACCCGAAGAUGUGCAGAGUCGCACUAGAAUCGUUAUUUCGCUUGCUUUGGGUGUAUAUGAUUAGAAUAAAAUGUGAAAGCAAUUCAGCGACGCAAUCCCGGCUCCAAAGCAUCGUCAACUCCCUAUUCCCUAAAGGCUCGAAAGGCGUCGUGCCUAGGGACACGCCACUCAACAUUUUCGUCAAAAUAAUACAGUUCAUCGCCCAGGAAAGACUGGACUUCGCUAUGAGGGAGAUAGUAUUCGACUUGCUAAUGGUGGGGCGGCCGAUCAAAAUUAUACUAACGCCAGAGAGGAUGUCUAUAGGUUUGCGAGCAUUUCUCGUAGUUGCAGAUAGUUUGCAGCAAAAAGAAGGAGAACCUCCUAUGCCUAGAACAGCUGGCACCUUACCUUCGGGAAACACAUUGAGAGUGAAAAAGACUUUUUUGAACAAAAUGCUGACUGAUGAAACCGCUAGAUCAAUAGGGAUGAGUGCGUACUUCCCGUAUGUGAGACGGGUGCUGGUGGAGAUUCUGCGGGCUUUGGAUGCCCAUUACGGAAGGCCGCUGAUGCUGACCAACACUCAGAAUGUUACCAAAGAGCAGGAGAUCAACACGGGCGAGAGGAAGCCGAGGAUAGAUCUGUUCCGUACCUGUGUUGCAGCGAUACCAAGACUGAUCCCCGAAGCCAUGGCCCCCAGCGAGUUGGUGGACUUGCUCUGUCGGCUCACAGUGCACAUGGACGAGGAACUUAGGGGGCUCUCCUUCCAGAGCCUCCAGACCCUCAUCGUGGACUUCCCCGAGUGGAGGCAGGACGUGUUCGCAGGCUUCACGCAGUUCCUCGCCAAAGAAGUCCAGGACACAUCACCGCAACUAGUAGAGAAAGGUCUUCGUAUGCUGCUCCAACUGCUGACGAGUUGGAAGAACGGCGAGCCGACCGCUUCUACGGCUCCGACGAAAACCGAACCCAUGGCCUCCGUGAUCCGGGGCGUCGAAGCGCUGGGCCUGGUGAUGUUGUGCCAGUGUAAAGCUUACCCCCGGCGGCUGGCGGUCCAUGUGCUACUCGAAUGCAAGUUCCUCCUAGAGAAGCUACAGUUAACACGCGACGAGCCAGCGCUGAUCGACGCCGCAGACGCGCACGUCCCUCAUUUUGCCGAGAAGUGUCUGCCGUUGUUGCCUCCAGCUGAAAAACAAGCUAUAUUGGCUGCCGGACAGCCGGACUUGGUUUGGAUUGCGGAGAGAAGCCAUGCCGUUUGGACCGCAGGUCUACAGCACGACGAGACAUCAACGAAGAACAGUUGGAGUGGCAGCUCGUCAAAUGGCGCAGAUCCUUGGGAGGUGGUGCUGUUCGGCCUUUUGGAACGCAGCCGGGUGCCAGCGAGAUGUCCGGCCACUGUAUUGCAGGCGUGGCCCAUCUUACACGCUCGCAUUCACGCCCUCUUCACCAUUAUAGAACCAGCGCCAGUGAACGACAAUCGCGCGUCCUUGCUGUCAAGAAGUCCGGCUUUGCCGAGGAAACCUGAAAAAGAAAGAGACGGCUAUAUGCAAGUUUGGAAAUACUACAUGACAAUGGCUUACCUCGUGGUCCCGGCCGUGCCAAGCCCAGUGAUUCGUUGCGCAAGUCCGGACCUUAGCCUCAGCAAUGAGACGGAGGGGUGGCUGGGCCUGGCGGUGCUCAGUUCUUCAAGCGAGAGCCUCAACGCGCCCGGCGGCUUCUUCACGCUACCAUUGAGCUAUGCGCGCGCGCAUAGACAACACAAACGAACGAGUUCGUCGCCGGAUUCGCUGAGCGAACGCAGCGGGGGUGAGGCGCGGGGUGCGCAGGCGUCGCCGGGGUCGCUUCACAAGUUGGCCGUGCCGUUGGCGCGGUGCGAAGUGCCCGAAGUCAGGGAUGCAGCCGUAAGCGCUUGUGGGAACAUCAACCCGGACGCUCUUAAGGACCUGAUGGAAGAACUGGUUCCACUGCUUCGGGAAGCGGUGGACAGGAAGCAAGAGAACAUGAGACGGCGGCGGCGGCGAGACGCGCUGCGGCUACAUCUCAAUAAGAUGCUGUUGCUCAUUGCGCAGAAGAAAACAUUCGCUAACAGCCAAUUCGCAUUAGAAAGCGGCAGUUUACACACCACACUGACGGAGUACUUGGACGGCGUGCGGCAGUGCCUUGAAGUGGAGGCCGAGAAGGACGCGCCAGCUGCUCGCGAGCAACGGCUCACGUUCGCUGACUUCGUCACUGAGCUGAUCAAGAGCUUCCCACUAGAAAUGUACGGGUCCCUAUUGAAGAAGGAGCUGUUGCGCAGUUUGUUCUCGCUGUUCUCCGGGUGGUGUGGGCCGCUGGUCAAACACCUGGGCAGCUUAGUACCCCAGCCGCCCACCGCUGACGUCGACGAGAGGCUAAACUUGUCAGCGCUCAGAGCGAUGAGUGCGUUAGUGUGCUGCGGACCCUGCUUUGCUCCCAGCGCCUUGGCCGAGGACGGAUCACUCUACCCAUGGCUGAGCGAAAUGCUAUCCUCUUCCAGCGAUAAGAUAUACGAGUUGGCGCGGGAGACCAUCGUCCUACUACUAGACUGCAACCCGGACAUAGGUCCACUGCUGGACUGGACCGUGGACAAAUGCUUCACAGGGUCGCCGCGAGUCGCCGAUGGUUGCUUCAUGGCGCUCGCCACCAUCUUCAGCGCAAGGGAGUACCCCUGCGACCACUACACGGCGAUCAUCAACGUGACACUCAUGUGUACCGGGUGCCCUAGGGCUCCGGUCCACGAGAGCGCCUUGCAGCUACUCCAACUACUGGACAAGAGGUUCUUCGGCACAGUGGGACCCCUCCCUGCCGAUGACGACAGCGAUGAAAAAGGGCGAGGGACUUUGGACGCUCUGCUCUGCACCACGUACUGUCGCUCUCAGCUGUACCUCUCCCGGCAGCUGUCUCAGCUUCACCCUGAGCUCACCAUGCCCAUGUUCUCAGAAAUCACGGAGCGAUUCCAAACGGCCCGCACUGAAGUGAGACAGCUGCUGCUGCAGUACCUGUACCCUUGGCUCGUCAACAUCGAACUGGUGGACCCCAACGUGCCGCCCGCCAACCCUCUCUCCUACAUACAGCACUACGCAACGGAAGCCGGCCGAAGCGGGCGGAGGGAAGGCCUGGGAUCAGCCGAGGCCACGGAGAUGGUCCUCAACAACCUGUUCUACAUCACAGCCAAGUUCUCCGACAACCAUCCGAAAGAGAUUGAGGAGUUGUGGGCGACACUCUGCGCGUGCUGGCCCAACAACCUGAAGGUCAUCAUCAGAUACCUCAUCAUCGUGUCCGGGAUGGCGCCCAACGAGUUGUUACCUUACGCCAAACGCGUAGUCCUCUACUUGGCUCGGUCGCGACCCGAGCGUCUUCUGGACGAAAUGAUGACGGAGCUGCAGACGGUGGAGACCCUCAACUGCCUGAUCGAGCGCACGGAGACUCCGCCCUUCUACAGGCUCACUUCUAUGAGGAAGGCCACAUCGGGCCACAGCGACGGACCAGGCACAGGCUCUCAGGAUGCGACGGGGCGCACGGGCGAACUCGCGCCGGUCGAAAAGGGGACAAUUCACACAAAGAGGCACAGUGGGGAGGACCCCGCCAAGGCCAGCGUGAAAGCCCCUGAGACGCCGGGGCCUCGCGCCCCGUACAAGCGGGCCUCGGCGCCGCCUUGUGGGACUCCGCCCGCCGUCGAAGAACCCCCGCCGCCAACCGAAGGAGACGCCACACCUACUGUUCUGGGCCCUGAGUCGACGACGCCAACGGCGGGCAGCGCGCCAACCACGCCGCUGGAGCCCCGCGUCGACGUGCCGCAGCCGCGGCCUCUGCCCAUGCCGGAAUAUGGAGGGUUCUUUGCGAAACUCACUGAGUACCUGCCCGACAGCAGCCAGCCAAUAUCUGGUUUUCACAGAUGCAACGUAGCCGUGAUGUUGCUAUGCGACGUGGUGCUGGAAGGCGGGGAGCUCGACUGGUCCAUACACGUUCCUCUCAUGCUGCACAUCGUGUUCCUGGGCAUGGACCAUACCAGAUGGAUAGUCCACCAGCACUGUCGUCAGCUGCUGCUGAAUCUCCUUGUGGCGGUGGCGGCUCACCACGAUCACCUGACCAUCGCACGGGUGUUGCUAGGCAGCCGCUCGACGCAGAUCGGCUUGGGGGCGCCACUGUCUUUGCGGCUUCUGCACAAUUUUACUGAGCCAGACGCAGCGUUCGACGGCUUCCAACAGUGCGGUCACUCGCCGCGUUCGCACGCUCGUUCGCUCAGUUCCGAUCCACAAGUCACACCUGAGGCGGAAGGCGACAACUACCCCUCAUUGCCGGUGAUAGUGACAGGCGAAGCUGAACCGGAAGCGCCGGAGCCGCAGGAAGCGUCGGCGGCGGAUGUGCCUGUCGCUGACGUCAUCAAGUCGCUCGUCCACUUCCUGGCCAACAGACCGACACAUACUCCACUCUGGCAGUACGAGGAUAUCACAGCUAAAGUGUGGACCCUACGCAGCUGCCAGCAGAUGUCGACGCUGUUGCGUCACGUGUUGCUCGUGUUCCGGGAGUCGUUGCCCCACGCGCUGGUCUCCGAGCGCUGGGCCCAGACCGCACUGCAGCUGGGUCUAUCCUGCCCUUCCAGGCACUACGCGGGGAGAUCGCUGCAGGUAUUCAGGUUCAUAGGCGUAGCUAUGACGGGUCGAAUGGUGUCCGAUAUACUAUCACGAUUGGUGGAAACGGUGGCGGAACAAGGCGAGGAUAUGCAAGGCUACGUCACAGAGCUGCUGCUGACCCUUGAGGCUGCCGUCGACUCUCUGGAAUCCAACUUCAGGCCCCUGGACUAUAUGCGAGAUAUCUUCAAGUCUACGCCCAAUUUGAAUAAUAAAGAUGGCGGCUCCCAACCUAAUGGCCCCGCUUAUACCGGUGGCAAACGUUCGCCAGGCGUGUGCGUGGGCUGCGUGAGCAACCACACUCGCAGCACGAGCUACUCCGUAUCUUACUGCGUAAGGAAAAGCGCCGCGCCCCCCACUUCCGCUGAGAAACAUCACGAGCGAUCGAGGCCUUGCAACGAAGCUGCGAAGGGCAUCUGUCCCAAUCUCUGCCGCUCGCGAUCGGCUCAGUCGCUCAAAUUAUUGGGAGACACCGCUACUCAGGACGACAAGCUGACGAUCUUGGCGACUCUAUUCUGGGUCGGCGGCGCACUGCUCGAGUCAGAUUACGAGCACGAAUUCCUGCUAGGGGUUCGUCUGUUGUCGCGUGUGAUGGCGCGACUGCCGCUCGACCGACCCGACGCCCGCGACCGCCUCGACCGGACGCAAGCCCACUCCUCGCCGUGCCUACACGCAUUGCUGCUCAAGGGUUGCACUCAUCCGAACACGUACGAGCCGGUGGUCGGGGUCCUGGCCGACAUGAUCCCACUGCUGGAGCUGCCGGUCAUCGACCCCACGCAGUCGCUGGCCUUCCCCAUGACCGUGGUGGCGCUGUUACCAUACAUGUUGCUUCACUACGAAGACGCGAAUGAGUUGUGUGUGCGCGCUGCGUGCCACAUCGCUCAGUUCACAGCAGAGAAGAGCAAGAAGUUGGAGAACCUCGGCACAGUGAUGACCCUGUACUCCCGGAGGACAUUCAGCAAGGAGAGCUUCCAGUGGACCAAGUGCGUGGUCAAGUACCUCUGGGACACCUACUCGCAUCUCUCUUUGCAGAUGCUCGCCUUCCUCGUCGAAGUACUCGAAAAGGGUUCUGUGAGUCUGCAACUACCCGUGCUGUCGGUGCUCCACUGCAUGCUGCACCAUGUGGAGCUGAACACUCCCGCCGCGCAGCCGGUUAACACUGACCUGCUGCGGGCAGUCGCCAAAUUCAUUGACCAAGACGGCAACAACUACAAGGAGGCUAUGAAGAUUCUGAAACUCGUGGUGACGCGGUGUUCGACGCUCGUCGUGCCGCCAUACUGGGACACCCACGCCUCCUCCAUACUCGACACCGAGCUUCAUGGGAAAAAGGAGCUGCCGGGCCGCACUAUGGAUUUCACGUUCGACCUGUCGCAGACGCCAGUGAUUGGACGAAAAUACUUGCCUAAAGCUGGCAGCCAACCAGCCACUGGUCCAAGUUCUUUAUCAAAUGCUUCUUCUACCACUCCAGAUAAAGGGUCCGGCUCAUCGACCUCGCAGUCGGGCUCGGUGUCGACAGUGGUGUGCCCGGAGGGCGGCGUCAUCGCCAGCCAACCGCAGAGCGCGGCGUCACCGCGUCGCUCGCUGUCGCUGUCGCCCGCUGACGCGCUAGCCGCCGGCUGGAAGCGGCCUUGGAUGUCACAGAGUCGUGUCAGGGAAUGCUUAGUUAAUCUAUUGACUACUUGCGGACAGCGAGUAGGACUUCCCAAGAGCCCAAGUGUGAUCUUUAGCCAGUCGUCAGAGUUACUGGAGCGUGAGUCAUCGAUGGCCUCAUCCCUGGAAGAAGUCUCAGGGACUCCAGGCAACGAACCUUCAGGCGGAGCGCCUCCCACCGACCACUUCGGAGUCUUCAAAGACUUCGACUUUCUUGAGUACGAGAGCGAGAGCAUCGAGGGAGAGAGCUCCGACAACUUCAACUGGGGCGUGCGCCGACGCCCCCUGAGCGAAGAGCGCGACGACAUUGGGCCGCCCGAGCGCAGCCCCCCGCCGCAAGUGCCCCGGGCCCCGGACACACCGCAUCCGCUCAAGAUGUACCGCGUUUCAUGGCAGACGCACGACGACUCAUCUGACGACGAGGCCGGAUGGGACGAGGGAACGAGCAGCGGGCGCGGGGAGGGAGACGCCAUGAUGACCAAUGAGCUGGUGCUGCGCCCACGCACGCACUCCUUCUCUAGUGCUUCUAGUGGAGAACCAGAUGUGUGGAGCCGGAAUAACGUGCGGUGCGUGGCAGGCGACCGCGGCGACGUGACGCCCGUGCCGGGCGCUGCCCCACCGCUGCGCGACGCGUGGCGCGCGUCCGUGGCCGGGUUGUUGCGUUACGGCGCCGCCACGCCGCCCAUCAUCCUCGUACAUCGUAUGCACACUGUGCUCAAGGAAGUGACAUCCAAAACCGUCGCUCUUUGCGCCGAAGGGGCGAACUCAGCGGUGGGAGGGGCGUUGGAACUGGCCGCAGUUCUCGACCGUCUGAGCAGCGAUGAGCCGCCGCUGUUGUGGGUGGGGGCGUCCGUGGCUGAUUGCGUCCGCGUGCGCGACGCUGUUAGAUACGCCGCUCUUGAGAUCAACGAGCAUUUGGAGACAUAUUUCGAUAGGAGGGAACACGCUUUGGAGACCAUGGAGUGGCGCGCCAGUGCGGAGGCGCGGGGGGAUGAUACCGCUCGCUGCCUCUACAAGCUGAUAUUCCAACUGCUGCUGCUGUUGGAGACCAACAACAAGAUGGUGGUCGCUGUGUACCACGCUGCCCUCGAUAACAGGGGCAAGGAGAUGAGCACCACAGUGUGCAGUGUGCGGAACGCUCUGGCCAUGAGCACGUACGAACCAUUGGAGGGAUCGCCGAUGAUGUGCGACGACGCGCGCAUUCUGCAGCUCAUGCAACGACAAAGAUGGGGCGCGGCGCUGGCGUUGGCGCGCGAACGCAACGCUGAGCGCAUUCUGGAGCGCGGGGAGCUGCCUGAAGAUGACAUCACCAGCCUGCUGCACAUCUACUGCAAGGGCCUGGCCCAGGCGAACCCGGAUAUGGUGGCGAUCACGCGACCUGUGAACGAGCUGUCUCAGAACCUGUCGUUCAUGAUGGAGAGUUUGUACAAGGUCAGCAUGGUGCUCCAGCGACAGGAGUACGUCUGAUGCUUAGGCCCCGCGGCCUAUUACCAGCCGCGCCCGCACCGCCCCCCCACCCCAUUCCGCCCCCCCACCCCUUUCCGCCCUCCCACCCCUUUCCGCCCUCCCACCCCUUUCCGCCCCCCCACCCCUUUCUUCGACCGGAACAGACCCAUGCCCAGAAACCCACCGGUCCGACGUCGCAGAAGAUUGCUCCCGCAAAUCCCUACUACUAGUCGACCGGCUAACCGACCAGUAUUCGAUCGAGCUUCAUACCCGUCGACUUCCUAUCAAUAGAUGCUUUAUCGCUCGGCCUAUUUUCUCAGUUUGUUGUUUCACAAAUAGUCACUAUUUAAAUGUAUUAGCGAAAAUAUUCUAUAUUGCUUACGGUUCGCGCAUCUCUGCAAGCUUUGUCUAUAUUUAUUUAAUAGAAAUAGUGGAAACUAUGAUAUUUGUUCUCGACGAGUUCGUUGAUUCAAUACAAAAGUGUUUAACAUAACUGUAAUAGAAAUAAUAAGUACAUCAAUGUUUACAUAUUGUUUAGUGCGAGUUUGAUAAAAGCGAUUGCGUUUAAGUUUCUCUCUCAUUAAUUUAAUUCUUGGCUCUGACACCGUGAUAAUGAAAAAUAAAACUUAACAUUUUGAAAAAAACACACGCACAACUAACCAAUAGUGUACCAGUACAUGAUCUGCAAUUAGAUCGAUUAUCAACGUCCGGCUGCGAAAAAUGUACUAGAGUUCUAAUAGAAAACUCGCACUAUGCAUAUAGAUAGAUAUAGAAACAACUUCGGUGUUACUAGUUAAUAUGUUUAUAAUUAGUUAUGUCAUUACCUAUAACAGAACUAAUUAUAAACACACUCAUAUGUGUGUUAACAUAAUAAUAUAAAGACCACUUUUCGUCUCAAUACUUCUGAAUGUUAGUUGUUGAUGUUAACAAAUAUAUCUCAUAAUAAUAAUACUGUCAUCCUCAAUGUUAAAUCAACGUAUAAUAAAAUUGGUGUUAAUCAUAGAUCGUGUAAUGUUUCAAUAGCAACACAAUCAAUUUCUGAACAAAACAUUUUAAAAACCUUUCGUUUUAAAAGACUGCCUCCCAAUAUUUAUUUAUUUUAAUAUGCUUGUAUGGUCUUCAAUAUUGCAAAAAAAAUUUUUUAUUGUGGGCAAAAGUGCAUGCAGGUCACCUGAUUGUGAUUUAUUUUUAUUACUAAAUUCUCGUUUACUAAAACAUACGAAUACAAUUCUGCAUACAUAAAUUAUUUAAAAAAAGCACUAUCAUAUGAUUUACGUCUUAAGGUUGGGAAACUUUACCACAUUAUAAUAAUGAGUACGGGAUUUAGAGCACGCGAUCAUUUAAUAUACAUAUCAGAAAUAUAAAGUCGAUUGUCAUUUUUAUAAUAUUCUGUUGACGUCAAUAAUUUACACCUUUUUGUUAGCACACUACCAAAUACAUCGUAAAGAAAACUGCACAAUGGUAGACUCAAGUUUACUAGUGUGUAUGCGUACAUCACCACUAGAAGUAUAUUCGUAAAAGUCAUGCUGUGUAGGCGACUUAAAUGAAAACGGACACCAGUGUUAGCGACAACACACUCGAUAAGAAAAUAUUAUCAAAUAUGAUAUGAGGAAAUAAUCAUUGGUAAGUAAACCUUAUACUAAUUUCCAGACAUAAUAUUAGAUCAAUAUCUAACAUAGUACUAAUCGGGCAGGAGUUGUUAGUAAGAAUUUGUAACUAAUAAGUUGAUUUAGUUUUAAAACCAAUGUACUAAACGUACUGACUUUAGUUUUCCGUUAACUGAUCUCAGAUAGUGUAUUUACGCUUCUCUAGGCGUCCGGUAGAUGGCACCAGCUUUGCGUCGACGCUCCGUUACACAUUAUUAUUGUAUUUGAUAAAAAUAACGCAACAUUGCUGGUAAUAAAUAUUGGAAAUAUGAAAAAAAAAACUAGGAAACUGAAAUAUUGGCCCUAAAUUAUAAUAAAAACAUAAUGAGCUGAAUGAUUGCCUGGACAUUGGAAUUGUAAAAGUAUUAAACAACUGAAAAUGUCAUGGCGACUCAACUGUUUUAUCCCCAAUAGUGCACGUUGGUACUUUUGACAUAAAUCAAUCACCAUUGAAUAUCGAUUUGCUACUGAACAAACCACUUAUUAUAGGUUUUCUCUUGUCUGCUAUCGUUUGUGAUAUUGUCCUUUUUUGUAGUAAUUAUGACAAUAUUUAUUAUUUGUAUUUAAUAAUUUUGUUAUUACCAAGCCAGUGUAUUAUGAUCAAUGUAGGUUCAUAGGAGUGGUAUGUGCAGUAACGGACAUUUGUCAUUCUUUUGAGGGAAAUAUCAUCUUUAUCGCAUGUACAGUCGACAGCACAUCACACACAUACGAGACAUAGGUGCAGUGUGUAACUUGAUAUACUGUUGACUAUACAUGAAAUGUUCUUGUACAUUUAGGGCGCGGUUUGACAAUACCGCUCAUUGGAUACUGUAUAGAUCUACGCAUAGCCCUAAGUAUUAUUACAAAUUCGUUGCGUCAUAAGCUACGCGCAUCUGGUUGCGUUAAAGUGCUCUCACUUCUUUUGCCGUAGAGAGGCUUGAAAUAUACGAGUAUAAUUAUAAAAUAAUAUUAUUUAAAGGCGGUGUCGAAUUUUCGUUGAACACAUGACUAGCAUUCUAACACGACCAGAGUCUUAGGGAAUUAUUAUUGUCCUUAACCAAUUGUACAAUGUAUUUAACAAUAAAUGAAUAUUAAACUUG